UCCCUUCUCUCUUUCCCUGCCGAGUCGCGUCACGCAGUUGUCCGGUGCGUCUCCUCUGUGUGUCCAAUUCCUGAAAAACCGGAACACUGGGAAUUUAACGCACGGGAAUAAAGCAGCAGCCGCAGCCGCAGCAGUAGGAGGAGGAGUGGUCCACAGCAGAGACCGAGAGAGACAGAGUUGUCCAGGGAAGAGGGGUCUCCCCAAAACCUGAGCCAUGAGUCGCAGCAUUGUGCGGCAGAGUAAGUUUCGCCACGUCUUCGGCCAGGCGGUGAAGGCCGAGCAGGGUUAUGAUGACAUCCGUGUCUCCAAGGUGACGUGGGACAGUUCGUUCUGUGCCGUCAACCCAAAGUUCCUGGCAGUCAUCAUUGAAUCCAGUGGAGGAGGAGCUUUCCUGGUCCUACCCCUCUCUAAGACAGGUCGUGUGGAUAAGAAUUACCCGCUGGUGAUCGGCCACUCCGGACCUGUCCUUGACAUCGACUGGUGUCCCCAUGACGACAACAUCCUGGCCAGCUGCUCAGAGGACUGCACUGCGAUGGUUUGGCAGAUCCCGGAUAAUUCACUGACCCGCCCCAUCUCAGAGCCUAUUGUAGUCCUGGAGGGUCACUCCAAACGGGUCGGGAUCGUCAGCUGGCACCCGACUGCACGCAACAUACUCCUCACUGCGGGCAGUGAUAAUCUAGUCAUCAUCUGGAACGUGGGGACAGGUGAGCCCCUCAUCUCCAUGGACGACCACCCAGACCUCAUCUAUAGCAUCAGCUGGAACCGAAACGGCAGCUUGUUUUGCACCACCUGUAAGGACCGACGUCUGCGUGUCUGUGACCCCAGAAAGAGGGAGGUAGUGGCGGAACGUCUGGCUCCUCAUGAGGGGAUCCGACCGAUGAGAGCCAUCUUCACCAGAGACGGAAACAUCUUCACCACAGGAUUCACUAGAAUGAGUCAGAGAGAACUGGGGCUCUGGGACCCGACAAAUUUUGAGGAGCCUAUUGCACUGUUGGAGCUCGACACAAGUAAUGGAGUGUUGUUACCAUAUUAUGAUGCAGAUGCAAACAUGGUCUACCUCUGUGGAAAGGGAGAUAGCAGUAUUCGUUACUUUGAAAUCACGGAGGAGCCGCCGUACGUCCACUACCUCAGCACCUUCAGCAGUAAGGAACCACAGAGAGGGAUGGGCUUCAUGCCAAAGAGAGGUGUGGACGUCACCAAGUGUGAGAUCGCCAGGUUAUUCAAGCUCCAUGAUAAGAAGUGUGAACCCAUCACAAUGACAGUGCCACGAAAAUCAGACCUGUUCCAGGACGACCUGUACCCAGACACAGCGGGGCCUGAGCCCGCCAUGGAGCCCGAAGAGUGGCUGGAUGGCCGGGAUGAAGACCCGAUUCUGAUCUCCAUGAAGGAGGGCUACAUGCCGCCGAAGAGCCGAGAGCUCAAAGUGGCAAAGAAGAACGUCCUGGAGUCCAGACCCACCACCCGGCGUAGCAUGUCCACCUGCGACACCAAUAGUCUGCCGCCUCAGCUGCUUGAGAGGUUGCUGGAGGAGAUUCAGAAUCUGAAGGCCACAGUUUUGUCUCAGGAGAAGAGAAUCUGUGACCUGGAGAAUAAGCUUUCCCAGUACACCAAUGGCACAGCCUAAUGUGCAGAUAAACACACCCUCUGAAGAACUGGUCUGAAUGUCAGAUUAUUAUUAACAAACGUUUCCCUUGCAUAGACAAGGACUUGCUCUCCCUCAUCAACAGGAGCUUUAUGUAAGAUUAUGAAUGUGCAAAAUGUAGAAUCAUACUGUGACUGAUGCAAUUUGAUUAAAGGUGGGUGCAAAACAAACUCUACACCCACAUCAGUGUAACUGCCUUUUGGUUGGUUCUAUAUUAUGCAUUUCUGCAUUAACGCUGUGGAAAAAGUGUGGAUCUAUUCACACCUUGACAGUGAUUUUUAAAGGAUGAGAGGAGUGUGAAAGUGAUGGUGAAGGAGUGAGGGGAUGUACAUUUGAAGGACAUGUGCAUGUUGGGAGGAAAAGCCCACAGCAUUAUCGCCUUUUGAUAUUAUUGGGAAAAAAACUCAAACUAAAAUGCCAAAAAAAGACCUCUAGUACUUAAAAUACAACAAUUACAAAUUUGGAAAAAUGCACAAACACAUAUUUGCCCUGUCUCCCACACGACAUAUCACCACCGACCAGUUUAUUUAGAUAAGUCUCUGAAAACUUUUCAAAGUGUAAAUAGUGAAAAAGGAGGUGGGAGGAAAAACUGUUGAACUUGUAGCAAAAAUUGUUAAAAGCAAAACGUUUUGUGUUCUGUAAAGGAUUAUACAUUACACACAUUGACAACAAUA